UUAAAUAAAAAAACGGGUUGUAAGCAUUACGGUAGCACAUAGACGAGAAUCGCAACACAAAGAAUCAAGCUAGGGUUUCGUCACUCCUCUCUCAGGUUUGGCGAUUCAGGGCAGUUCCACGGUCACUGAAACCCCCGCCAUCCAUUCGUCAUGGUGCUCAAGACGGAACUUUGCCGCUUUAGUGGUGCAAAGAUUUACCCUGGAAGGGGUAUCAGGUUCGUUCGCUCUGAUUCUCAGGUUUUCCUGUUUGUCAAUUCAAAGUGUAAAAGGUAUUUCCACAACCGUCUCAAGCCUUCAAAGCUCUGCUGGACUGCUGUGUACCGGAAACAGCACAAGAAGGACAUUUCGGCUGAAGCUGUGAAGAAGAGGAGAAGGGCCACUAAGAAACCUUACUCAAGGUCUAUCGUUGGUGCCACUUUGGAAGUUAUUCAGAAGAAAAGAACUGAGAAGCCUGAAGUUAGAGAUGCUGCAAGGGAGGCUGCUCUGCGUGAAAUCAAAGAAAGAAUAAAGAAGACCAAGGAUGAAAAGAAGGCUAAGAAACAAGAAGUCUCCAAGGCACAGAAGACACAAGGCAAGGGUGCUUCCAAGGGAGCAGCACCAAAAGGCCCCAAGCUUGGCGGUGGAGGUGGAAAACGAUAAACUGUCCAUUUACUUCCGCAUUACCUUUUCCAGUUGACGGGAGGAAUUACUUAGCAUUUGUCAAAACUUUUGUAGUAGUAGAAAUUUAAAUGCUGUAUGUAGGUGCUGAGUGAAAAUGAAUUUUGUUUAAUAUCGUAUUUUUGCGUUAAUUUUGUUAACAUUCAGUGUUUUUGUUAACUGAGUUUGAAGUUAUGGCAAUUUAGGAGUUUUGAUUUCAA